AUGUCUACUAUUCCUGACAGGUCAGAGAAUAAAAACAGAUUUCACUGGAAAGCAGAGGAGGCGGAGUUGAGUGAAGGAGACGAAGACUCAGACAUCUUCGAUUCUAUCAACAUGGAUGUAACGAGUGACCGUGGCGAAAGGUAUGGGCUAAAAGAGGUUAAAAUACAGCAACCAAACGGUGCGAAGAACAACCAGAGAAACAGGGAAAUUUUAAAGAAGAAAAGGAGCAGAAUGAAGCGAGUUUUUUCAACUAAAAAUGCGAAGAAACGUCGACUCGUUGGAAAGCACGGUGGGCUGAAAGUGGUGGCUUCCCAAGUUCCACAAAAACACGGCAUGUAUCUUUCGGAUUUGUUUACGACAAUGAUUGACUCUAAAUGGCGGUGGAUUUGUCUAGUUUACACUUCAAUGUACUGUGGUAGCUGGAUGAUAUUUGGUUUGUUAUGGUGGCUUAUAGCCUAUUUACGGGGCGCCAACUUCUGCGUCGACAACGUUGACUCAUUUGCAAGCGCGUUUUUGUUCUCACUCGAAACUCAAACAACUAUUGGCUACGGGGGUCGGCAAAUUACUCCUGAAUGCCCUGAAGCUAUUGUCCUUUUGAAUCUGCAAUCUCUAACUGGGUUUAUCAUAGGUGCAUUCAUACUGGGUCUAAUUUUUGCCAAACUUUCACGUCCGAAAAAUCGUGCGGAAACUAUUUUGUUCUCCCGAAACGCAGUUAUUGCAGUGCGUGACGGCAAAAUGUGCCUCAUGUUUCGCGUCGGCGACGUCCGAAAAAGCCAGAUUUUGGAAGCGCACGUUCGGGUACAUCUUUUUCGCCUAAGAAGAACUAGGGAAGGAGUUGAACUGCCAUUUUAUCAACAGAAUUUGCCUGUUGGAAUCGAUUGGUUAUGUGAAGAAAACCAAAUAGACAGUAUACUAUUCCUCAUUCUACCCCUGACUAUUGUUCACGUUAUCGAUGAGAACAGCCCCUUUUACGAAAUGCAGCCUAAAGAUUUGCGCAAUUGCGACUUUGAAAUCGUCGUAGUUCUUGAGGGCACUGUAGAAGCGACAAGCAUGGUGGUUCAAGCAAGGACCUCUUAUAUUGCUGAAGAAAUUAUUUGGGGCCAUGAAUUUACUAACAUAACGGAUCAGACCAAGUGGCGAUCUGGCAAGUACAGGGUCGACUUUUCGACGUUUGACGAUAUCGGCCCUGUUGCCACCCCUCGAGUGUCAGCUAAGGAUUACUAUGAAGGAAAAACGUUUACAUCAAAAUCAGAGUCAUCCUCAAUGCUCACCAUAGAAACCCAAGAAUAUGCUGACGAUGACUCUGACAGCCCUGUAAGUAUUGAGGAUAAAACACUAACAGAAAACAGCCACAAAGUAGUUCCAGGACUAGAAGACAAGGAAGGUGAUGUUAUUGCUAACCUUUAAGUUUACGGUAUCUUAAAAUCCUUAAUUGGCUCCCAAUCAAUAUCCCGAAAAGUAACCUUACAUUGUGAAAUUUCCGUUGUUGCACUUAUUUAAAGUUAUUCAAACUUGACGCGUUCAAGUUUGCGUCAAAUGCAAUAACUCGGAAAAAAAAAAUUCGAGCCCCAGAUGGGAUCUACCUUCAUGUUGAAGGUUUUGCAGAAUUCUAUCGCAAUUCCUAGUACAGUGGAAGGGCCAAGGGACUGGCAAAAUUUGUUCGCUAUAACGAGGUUUCGUUAUAUUGAGUUUGUUUUCAUAUAUUUUACUUUUUCCUGACUUCAUUAUUUAGUGUUUCGUUAUGUAAUAUAUCAAACAUGAGAUGCAGUGUUUCAUCACAAAAUCAUUUUUGAAGGAGAAAUUAAGGAUGCAAAUACUAAGCAGUGUUUCAUCCGAUUUCCAAACACUCAUUAAACAUUAAUUUCCUUUGUAUUUUCUUAAUGAAUUAUUAAUGAGUUUGAGAAGUGGAGGUCACACUUGAGACGAUCAAAGUAUCAUCUACGAUACUCUUCUUCUCUUUCUCUCUCUCAGAGUUAAGGGACUCGAGCUCUUUAAAAUCAUGAUGCAAUCGUUUUUCAUAUUUUCAGUAUAGAGGGAAUAGUAUUUUGUACAAAUUUAUUAUGAAAGCGUAACAAGUAUUUUUUGCUAAUUUGCAUAUAAUUAACCAAGAGGUGAAGUGGCGCGGGGCAUUGUGUUGUGAUACUAGAUUUUGUAGAAAACAACGAAAACAAAGUUUUGAACCUGUAACGCUGCGCGUCGGAACCAGAUUUAAAUUAAAUCUGCGUUUAUAUACCUCAUCAUUAUUUUUGUUUUUAGAAGGGUAAUUAUCACGAUCAAUGUGUGGUCCACACUCCUGACAAUUUUCGGUUGGUUUUAUUGAGUGACUAGUCUUGUUUUGAUUCAGUUCAGUAUCGUUUUUAUUCGCUGUCGAGGAAGAGCAGUGAAACAGGUAUCGCCAGGUCGGAAAUAACAACUAGAAGAAAUAAGAAGCUAUGCCACCUGAUAUUUCAAUUUUGUAAUCUUGCUUUAUAAAAAGAUUUAUGUCGUAUUUCGGAUAUGACCUUCAUAAACUAAUCUGUGAAAAGGUGGCUCGCGGCAUUCCAGAUGUUGAAGAGAUUGAAACGCAAAGUAAUAGUUUCAAUGCGUAUCGAUAACUACUUUCGCUGAUAGGUAACAUGAUACUAUGUUUCAAACUUAUUUUAUAUCGAUAAAAACUAAAACUAAAACAUUGCAGACUAAGGGGGUACGUCACGCGAGCAGGCUCUCCAUUUGGGGGAUAUGUAUGUCAUAAAAAGUCACUCGCGUUUUCGUGCAGCUCGAUUCCCUAAGUGCCACUCGAAAUGGAGAGCUUGCUCACAGGCUACGCUAUCUCGGAAACUUUUAGCACUCACCAAAAGAUCACACGCCCCCCGUGAAAUCCUGCUUGCAGGGUAAUGUAGGUUAUACAGCCUGCGUAGCUUCUCUCGCCCCACCCAUUUUUUUAAGGGAAAAGCCCUGGGGACGAGGUUGGCGGUUUAAUUGUCGAGUAGGCAAAUGAGGGCGAAAAACAACAAGAAACAGCGCUUUAUAACUCAUACUGAUGUUUGUCCUCUGCGUUUUCGAAACCUUUUUUUUUUCUCGCCAAACAUACCGCACCUUCUACGCCGGCUAUUUAACAAUUAUUCCGCGAGCCCGAAUGGGCUCUGAGUCAAUAGCUCAUGAGGCCGAAGGCCGAAUGGGCUAUUGACUCAGAGGCCAUGAGGGCGAGAGGAAUAAUUGUUUUAGUAAAGUCCAACUAGUUGGUCAAAAAUAUCGACACAAAACAACUUAAAGCAAGACUUUAAUCCUUAUUUUCCGCCAAAAAUCUGGCGCUUUUCGCCACUAGUGGGCUAUAACAUAUAGCAUAGUAGUAGCUCAACCAAUCAGAACGCAGCAUUGAUAAUAGACCACUAGUUGGAUUUUACUAAAGGUUGUUUGACGAUGAUUUGGUCGGUAAACGGUGUUUCCUUCAUUAGUCAGUUUUAGUUUGAACCUUGCAGUAAGUGAAAAUAGGCAAAGUCGUUGAAAGUGCCGUGAUUUAGGCCCAUUCGAUUUAAUUAUCCGGCCUGUUUUACGUCAGUAGUUCUUGUUGUUUGCUUUACUAACUUGGUGCAAUGAUCAUUGCUUGCCGACGUUUAAGCCUUGAGCAAUUUGCAGCUAAUCCCUGUAAGGCAAGUAAACUUGCCUUUCGCAUUGGGCAAAGUGUCAUCCUCGGAGACCCAGGGGCUGUCAGUCGGGUCGAGAGAAAAGGCGCGACGAAACUUUUCAAGCGCGGGCGGAAGAGCCCCUGCUUACCGACUCUCACCAGAUCAGUUCGAAACGUUCAAGCGAAUGCUGCCUCCUUGUUGGGGGGAAUAAUUGCUUUGUAUUAUUGUGUCCAAUCGUCGAACAGCAUCUCCUGAGUUCUUUUCGUUCGAUAGCAGACGACGACUAUUAGGGACUUAAAGAUCCGAGGACGCGAUGGUAGCGAAAACGUCGCUUAAAAAUAAGUUUGCCUUCUUUCAGUCUUUCGCGAUUUUUUUCUACCCACUUACUUCGUCAAAUGUAGGCGAACUCUCCAGGAGUUGAAUUCCUAAGAACCAUGUCCAAGUACAGAAAGAUAAAUAAAAUUUCGUUGUCUCUUUUUCACGUCCUCUGAUAAAACGUUAAUUUAGGCAUUUUCAGGAGUUAGUCGUACAAAAAUUGCUGAGAAAUGUGCUUGACGGUUUGAAAAUGAUCCGAUGAGAGUCGGCACCCAGGACCCUCAGGCACAUGCUUGAAAACCUUUGUCGCGCCUUUUCUCCGGACCCGACUGACUGCCCCUGGGUCCCCGGGGAUGGCAAAGUGUCUGAAAUGUUUCAAAACUUGGGGACCGAUUACAUGACGAAUUUCAGCGCGGUUUGCCGAGCUGAGCUUUCAGCCACCAGUUUGCUACCAGUUUCUCAAGAGCUUGGAAAAUGAAAUGUAGUGCUAUAUUUGUCACAGAAGAGAAUAUAAAGGACAAAGAAAUAUAUUUUUCUGUACUUAAGAAAGGUAAUUAUCGACAUUCAUUUGGAACAUUGAUUGUAGAUUAAUGUUGGAAAUCAUCAUUGGCUUUCAUUUUUGUCUUUUUGAUGAUUCUUGAAAGUCAAAACGAAAUAAUGAGGUCCUGGAGAAACUGAAAUAGUUUCCGCCUGCCAAUUUCAGUUUCUUGAAGAAGCGGAAAUCUUUCGCGAUCGUUCACUGCUCGUUCCUCGAUCUCCAGCUUCUUCUCCGUCCUCCACCACCCGCACGUGGUUUUAUUUUUUCUUUCUCCCAUAGGCUGAUUCCCAGUUUUGCACAGACUAGUUGUAGCCUAUGAGCAUAAAAUUAAAUUCAAAGAUUAUGACUUCUAUUGAGCGGCCAACCUGCAUUAAGCGGCCACUUACCAGUACCACUAGUAAGGGUGACUUUCACCUGUACGUGAAUCAACGUUGAAGGUGGUUGUGGGGGUGGGGGGUUGAGGAAAUAAUGUAGCAAGUAUCUCAACUAAUGUGAUGAAUAUUGUAGUCUUCCUACAACAUAUUCAUAACCAGAAGGUAUUUAAGAGGAAAUUUCGAUCAAGGAAUCGUUUUUGGGGAUAAUUUUUUUACAGCGCAAAAGUUAUUUGUACGACAUGUUUUUGAUCCGCGCAAAAAUAAAGUGGAUACGAAGAAGUAAAUGAAAAAAAAGAACGGACAUGCCUGUAUAGCAGAAGUAAUUUGUUAAUACUUUUGCUUGAGAGCCGUUUCAAGCUACUCUUUGCUAUGUAAUGCGAGUGCGCGAGUGAUAUAGUUUUGUACGGUGGAUUAUAAAAAUAAGACAAAUUACAUUGUUAAAAAAACAUAUAAUUUGAAGUGUAAAAUUAAAGAACUAUCUCUGGUGAAAUAAAUUGUAUUUUUGGAGAUGAGUGCAAACUUUAUUCAGUAAGGCUAUGUUCAGACUAUGUCGGGUUUUCUUACAUGUCGACACGAGAGGCUUUACGGUAUAGUUGAACACCUAUCCGUUAGGUGACUCUCCUCUUUAGAUCUCGGCGUUGGUCUGUUUAUACAGAAAUCGCGCCGGAAUCACUGUUCUUAUGUUGAACUUUUGCCUAAAUUAUACGUUUAUCUUCAGCAUAACGUGAGAUCCUGCCAUAUUGACAGCGAUUAUUACCACAAUAACGCGGAUGAAGCAGUAAGAACGGUUAAUUUACCUUAAUUGAGGACCGUAUUUACUCGAAUAAGCGCCGCGGUGGUUGUUCUAAAUAUUUUCGCACCUUAAAUGCGGCGCUUAUUCGAGGGCGGCUUGUUUUGAAAGUUGGACACGGGGAAGAAUUGUAUAAACUACGGUACCACUAUUUUCCGUAUGAAACUAACAGAAUUAGCUUGUUGAUUUUGAUUAUAUCGAGACCGUGAUGCUUACGUAAACUUUCUUGUCUCAAUUGCGGCGCUUAUUCGAGGACGGCGCAAAAUCAGAGAAGGCGCUUAUUCGAGUAAAUACGGUAACUCACAUGUAACCGCAUGUUACCGCAUGUUACCACGGUGAGUUAAACCAGGUAAAAUUUGCAGAUGAACUCAAAAAGCACGUAAAUGUGGAAAUCCAGGAGCCCUGGGAAAUCCUAGAAAACACUAUUCAUUUUUUAUGAAAACUGAAAACCGACGUUCAGAACUUGGGAAAUGCGACUCUGAUAGGGACACAACAGGGGGCGAACUGUUCAAGAGUAAGUCUCAAGAAUUAGUUUUGAAGUUCUGGGUUAAUUCUUAUCUACUGUAUUAAGAAAUUUUCUUCUUUGUAGUAGCCUGCGAAUACAGUCGUCUCUCCUCGCUCGUUGCCACCGGGGACAUUUCGCGGGAAACGUGUCUGGGAGUGAGGAGCGAGGAGGGAUGGCUGUAUUCGCAGAUUGUCUUAGUAGGCGAGAAAUCAGAACAUCAAUACCUACUAAAACGGCAUUCACGAGGUUAAGAAAAUAGUAAGAAAACAUCACAAAGACAUCUAUUUAUGAGUUAUGUACACUUUUUUUAUCGAACUCGUGAUAAAUUCUUAUUAAAUCCUUUUUAUUUGGCUUCUUUAAGUCUGUUGUGAGCCUGGUGGAACCUACCUCCCCCCCCCCCCCCACAAACCCACCCAGAUUGCGCCGAAGGCUGGUAGUGUGUCAUGUCCACUUUACUUUUUUUUAGAUUUAUAUUUUAUCGUUCCCAAAACCACCCUCCUCCCCCCCCCACCUCAAUAAUUGAUCUAGCACUCUCUUUCUCCUUUGUUACUAGCUGAGUUCACCCCCCCCCCCCCCCCCCCCCCCAUGAUGACCCUUAGGCGUGGCACUAAGGACCUUGCAGUUUCCCUUCAUUUGACUUUGCUUUAAGAGUUUGGACUUUCCUAGCCAAAACCUCAACCCUGUCUCCCGUCCAAUCAGAGAUUAUUCUCUCAGCGCUUCUUUUGUCUUCUUUUUCUUCUCCCUCCUUGCACUGUUCCUUGUAUAAAAAUUGUCUUGGCAAGCCCUGCUUAUCUUAAUUAAUAAAUGCACUAUCCCCAAACCACUUUAAUAACUUGCGUUUCUUAUCGUGGUUAAGAUGUCGUUACAGGGCCCAAUGGCAUGUCUAAUUUUGUCUCUAACUGCCUCCUCCACGGUGAUGUGGUCUUUAUAUGAGAUCCCAAGUGAGAUCCCAAGCAGUUUCGUAAAUGAUCUCAUCUCAGAUCUCAGUGCCCUAAAUUUUCUUCUGGAAUAAAUGUCCGCCGUCAUUUUUGCAGUCGUACAAGAGCCUGGUGAUUGGUUGUUUCAGCCAGGCCGGAGAGUUGGGCUCCUGUUUCAGCAAUACGCGUAUUUAAUACGCGUAUAGCCGUCCCAUUUUCCCGUUCCGUCGUUUUCGAGGAAAAAGAGAAAAACAAAAAUUCCAAAGGGCAAUGCGACACAGUCAUGGCUGGAAAUGAAUCUACCUUGUCGAACUGACUGUCGAACUUGCAAUUUUUAUCGCGCGGUUGUUUGCAGCGGUGACCCUAGUCGACACCACGUGACUUGCCAACUUUUGUUGACAGAGAUUGGGUACAAGUUUGUUGAAAGCGUGACACUUCACUGAACAGCUGAAGUACUGUCCGUAUUUAUGUCCGUAUCUGCAUGUAAAAACACUUUAUGUCCAGAAAUUCGGAAAACACCGUAAAACUAUGGACAAUCAUAACUCUAACAAGGCAGGCGAGUCGUUUGAAAGGAUUGAACCAUUGUCCCCUUUGACGAAUUUAGUCAGUGUGCGCUCUUCAAAACGCCAUGGGAAUCGGUCGACAUUUUCACUUCAUUCGCCUUGUCCUGCUUCACCGACCAUAGGUCAUCACUCUUUCCUCGAUCGUUCGAAGAAAACUCGCUUAGUGAACAAAUAUGGAUCUCUUAAUGUUAUAGCCAAGAAUGUUCCCGGGAAAGCAAAACUUUACUUUGCUGAUUUGUUUACUACGAUGAUUGACUUUCAUUGGCCGGGAGUUAUGCUUGUUUUCUGCAUCUCGUAUGUGCUUUCGUGGGUAGUGUUUGGUUUGAUCUGGUGGUUGAUUGUUGCAGUGAGAGGGCCAUCAGUUUGUAUCCAAGGGGUAAUCAACAAAGAAUUGUAUUAUUUUGUUAUUGCUCUUCUUGCUGGGCUAACAAACUAUUCAAUUUCUUACAUUUCUUUAGUUUUUAUAUUUAAAACUGGAUUUAUUUGAACCAAGUUAAUUAUUUAAGAUUACUUAAUGUGUGCAAAUAAUGUGUGCUGGAUUUGCCAUAUCCCUAUGCAUUAAUUGUGCAUCCAUUUUCCUAACCACUCUCUAUUCUAGCUAUUGACCUACUGUUCACUGUUUGUUUAUAAGGAAUUCAUUAUUACUUUCUCUUGCAACUCCACUAUAAGCUAUACAACUAUAGUUGGUCCCUGCAAUUCUUCAGUCAUUUUCUUUUUUUCCAGACACCUGUCUUUAAUAAUAGUAAUAAUAAUAAUGACAAUGCUUCUGAGAGAAAUGCUAGAAACCAGAGAUGGAGAAAAGACUUGGAGCUAACUUAGAACAUCUGAAUUAAAGCUUAAAAUGGAACCCCUUAUCUAAUUGCACCAUAACCUUUGCAUAGAAUGUGUGGCAAAAAGAGAGAGAGUGUGUGUUCUUUUGUAAGAGAGUGUAAAAAUUUGGCCCAGAAGGAUUAAAAAAUAAUGGCACAUUAGAUAAAAAUGUGGCAACAAAUUUAUAAUUGUACGUGGAUAUUGCUAUUCCUAUGCUAGACCAUAGCCAAGAGCACGUGACAAGGAGUUGGUGCAAGUUGAAAAAUAUCAGGAUUUGACAAGGGAAAUUAGAAGAAUGUAUGGUGUGAAAAAUGUGGACAUGGUGCCUGUUGUUGUAAGGACAAUAGUUGUUCGACCCCGUAGUUUUCAUCUUUGGGAGAGUUUACCUUGGUAUCAAAAUACUGCGUGGAUAAGAAAUCAUAUAAUGCAUUUGGAAAUUGUUAAUUGUUCCCAAAACUUGAAGAGGGGUAAUAUAUAAAAAUGUUACCACGUAUUUUUACCUCCUUGACCUGGAUUGUUCACCUUCUAGCCAAAAUUCAAUUUUUUUCUCCUUCAGAAUCACAUUUUAGGGGCUUGCAAAUUUUUUAGGUAUAGCUUCCAUCUUUGUUUUUGUUUUAAGUUGAGGGAGAUUUUGAAGAGUGGAAAGUCCAAUUCAACUUGGAAGUUACACACUGAACGUCAGUGUUUUCAGGUGCUUGUGCACGUUGAGUUAAUGCCCACCUUGUAACUGCCUGCUUCAUGGUCUACAAGCUGGAUGGUAGGCAUGCUCUUAACGGAAGCCAGCCCUUAGUUUGAUUUAACUUCAUUUGGUUGGGUAUUCAUUUUAUUUUAUUAAAACUUUAAUGGCUGUUUAAAAUUGACUGACCAAGGAGAAGUAAAGGAAGUCUAACAUUUUGCAAUUUAUUGCUUAAAAUCAUUACCAGUAUUUGUUUUCAUAUAGGUUGAUGACUGGACAACUGCCUUUCUGUUUUCCAUUGAAACUGAGCAAACCAUUGGGUAUGGAAGUCGAGCAAUAACACCUAAAUGUCCAGAGGCAACUAUUCUACUGCAAAUGCAAUCUUUGGUUGGCCUAAUUUUGGAUGCAUUCAUGCUUGGUUUAACAUUUGCAAAGCUUUGCCAACCUCGUGAGCGCACAAAGACAGUGAUGUUUUCAGAGAAUGCAGUCAUCGCUUUAAGAGAUAGAAAAUUGUGUUUAAUGUUCAGGGUUGGAGACAUUCGGAAAAGCCAAAUUGUUGAUGCUUCAAUAAGAAUGCAGUUGUUCAGGAGUUGGAAGACAGUGGAAGGAAGAAAAAUACCUUUUUAUCAAGAAGAUCUCAAAGUGUGCUAUGAUUGGAGGAAUCCAGAUAAUGACUUUAGAAAUGAGUUGUUUUUGCUGCUGCCAAUGGUUAUAAUUCAUGUUAUUGAUGAAAAAAGCCCCUUCUAUGAAAUGGGACCACAGGAACUCAGAGAAUCUGACUUUGAAGUUGUUAUAGUUUUAGAUGGAAUAGUUGAACAUACAGGAAUGAACACACAGCCCAAGACAUCAUACACUAGCGAUGAGAUCCUUUGGGGCUAUGACUUUGAGGAUGUUGUUGAUAGAAAUUGUCUUGAUAAUGGUAAAUAUUUUGUUGAUUUUUCAAGGUUUAAUGACAUUUGUAAAGUUGAGGCACCUUCUUGUUGUGCAAAAGAAUUUUAUGAGAUGGGAAAGUAG